CCCUUUCUUGAAAUUUAAAAGAAUGAAUUUAUAGAAAAGUAUAAUAAAUACACAAAAGUGUGAAUACAAGAAGUGGGGACACACACAUAGGAAUCAAAAUUCAGUCACGGACUCGUUUGAUGGUUUACUGCCUUUAUGAGGCUUAAAUAUCGUUCGUUCAUUCAUGUGAUGAUGUGAAGUGAUUUAUAUAUUUUGUCCACUAAAAUCAUAGUCAAAACUAUGGAAUUGCAUUGUAACCAGACGACCAAAACAUAUUCAAAACUACAUGAGGCAGUAACAUUAUUUAACUCUAGUUAAAUAACAAAAAAUCCAAUAAGUGGGAUUCACUUCUUUUGUUGGGGGUAGUAACUAGUAAAGAGGGGAGUCCUCUAAAUCACGCGUGACUCAUACAUGAUAAGCAAAAGUUUAUGAAACUAUCCCAAAGGGAGGAAAUGUAAGGAUAUCGAAUUUGGGAUUGGACGAUACGCGAACUCUCUAGCGUAGCCUAGAGUCUGGUUGAUUAGUUGCACGGUGCAGUUUUUUGGCUGUUUGGAAGAGAAGCAACCUGUCUCUCACGGUCACGGGUGCUCCUCGUUGACAUAUACUAUCAGUUGUUGAUCAAAAGAAAAUAAAAAGCAACAUUUUACAAACCGUCGUUGAUUUAGAGAUGAUGAUGAUCAUAUGCUUGCUCAGAAGAGAAAGAGCAAUAGUUAACUCGUGAGGUGCAUUAGGACCUGAACCUUUCGAACUGCUGCCAAAUCUCCGUCAGUUGCGGAUCCAUCUCUCCAUUUCUUUCACCGGCGAUGACUUGGUUCCAAAGAAAGAAAGUACGUAGAAUUACUUUUGUAGUAUGGGGCUGAUCAAUCUCAACAACCCGUAAGACUCCAUGCCAAAAAUUAAUAGGCUAUAACAUCUUAAAAGAAGCCCAAUUAGUAUCUAGUGUGCGGACUUAAUAAAUGGGCCAAUCGAAUAACAAGUAAAACUAAUGGACUUGAACAUUGUACAAUCUAUACUAUACUAAAAGCAGCAUAUACUCAACAGAGAAGCUGUCCACGUCGUUUAAAAAAAUCGUCCAAUCAUAAUCUUCAAAAUGACCACGUCAUACCGUUGUUUCUCAACGCAGAAUAAUAGCAGACCAAUUCAUAUGGGCCGAUAAUAUUUGGUUGCGGCCCAUUUUAAAUCAGUCCAAAUUUCUUAUUCCAAAUACAAACGUGUGACCCUUCUACUUCGCCUCAUCUUUUCCGAUUUCUGCAGAUUGUUGUUUCUGUUGAGUUAUUAUGAUCCAUCCUCACUCAUUCAAUCCCGUUAUUUUCUUCGAAGGUUACAGCAAAGACGAUCAAUAGAUCUUAUCUCACAUCCCAAUUUAAUUCUAUUUUGAUCGUCUCUAGCCGUUACACAUCCUAAUCUACAUCUCUGGAGAAACCGAUGGCUGAUACAUCUCAAGAUCUCACUUUUAGGGCGCUUCGUUUGAUAAAAUGAUGUAGUUCUCGCCUCUACACCCUUCAAAUCUGAGGCGAAAUGGUAUCUCAAAUGCAUGGUAUUCAUCUGAGACAUCUUUUUCCCACUGAUAUGGUGUCUUCUUCGAGUGGGGAAGAUGGCUUCGCGUCGUACCCGGUCAAACUAUUCAUCUCCACUGAGAAGGGAUAUGACAGAGGAGAAAGAUGAAAAGAUAGUCCCAAAUCUGCCUAAGAGUGUGGAGUUCCUGUCCAUGAUGACAAGUAUAGCCUCUCACGUUGUAAAGGCACUUCUCGACUUGGGUCACUCCGUAAGGACAACUGUUAGAGACUCCUCAGAUGAAGAGAAAGUUAGGUUUUUGUGGGAGUUGAAAGGAGCAAAAGAAAGGCUAAAGAUUUUCGAAGCCGAUCUAACGGUGGAGGGAAGCUUUGAUGAAGCAAUCAAAGGUGUUGAUGGAGUCUUCCACAUCGCCUCUCGUGUUACCCUUUGUGUGGACAGCAAUGAUCUGGAGAAGUUGGUCGAUCGAGAUAUAAAUGGAACAAGGAACUUGAUGAACUCUUGCGAGAAAUCAAGAAACACUGUGAAGAGGAUUGUACUCACAUCUUCUUCGACCGCUGUCCGGUACCGUUAUGACGCCACAGAAGCCUCUCCACUUAACGAAUCACAUUAUAGCGAUCUUGACUACAGCAAAAGCUUCAAAGUAAGAAACAUACCUCACUUUUGUAUCAAUUUUAACCACUGUUUUAGUUAAUGAAUUGUCUGAAAUGUAUGUAGAAAUGACAAUGUAUAAGAAAAAUCUUCUUUUAGGAUGUUACAUAGAGUUGUGUGUAAAUGAAUUAUCGUAACGUUGAAACUCUUUAGCUUUGCCGAGUA